AUGAUGGGUGACGACAGCCUCUCUGAACACCCCAAACCCAUGGAGUUUCUCAGCCUCUCCUUGGGAGACGACCUGCGGCCGUGCCCAGGAGCAGACCUGAGGGAGACGUGCGGCCAUCCUGACCCUCCCGAACCUUGUGCGGAACAGACCUGGUCCUCUGAGCCUCCAGAUUCCACGAAGCCAGAUGCUCCUCCCGGGGCCUCCGACGCAGAGCCUGUGCACCUGGGGAGCGGCUCUUCCCAGGGGGGGCCCAGGCACAAGGCCGCACCCCCCGGGUCACCCAGGAGCAGCCAUCCUCUGGGGAGCCCCAGGCAGAGCCAGAGCACGUCCACCCAGGUGAUGUUCUGGGCGGGCAUCCUGCAGGCCCAGAUGUGCGUCCUGGACCUGGAGGAGGAGCUGGAGAAGACAGAAGGGCUCAGGGCUGAGCUGAGGUGCUGCAUCCCCACGGCCCCUGUGGAGCUCCCUGCCUUCCCCUCCAGCCCCGCAGGCCCCCGGGGCUCGGGCCUCCACCCCAGCUCGCCCACGGAGGAGGCCUCUGGGAGAGACAGCAGUGGGCCUGAGGGGGAGAAUCUGAAGCCCGUGUGGCCGAGGGAGGAAAGGCCGGACUCUUCCCCGGAGUGGGGUGCUGAGGAGGAGAGCGUCUUCUUCGACAACCCCCUCUUUUUGGAGAGCCCUUGCUCAGACACCAGUGCUUCUGGAGCUGGCUUUUCCUGGGGGUUCUCAGACUCUCACACAGAUAGGAGACCCGGGCCCCAGUAUCCCCAGACCCUGGAGCCCCCGCUCCCAGAAGGCGGAGUGCCAUGGGAGCUGGGCAGUGAGCCGGAUCUGGGGGUUGGCACAGCUGAUCGCAGCGGACACACCACACCUCCAUUCCCUGUGCCCACCUACAAACCUCACUUCUUCUCGUGGGCUGUGGCUGACACCAUCGAGGGGACCCCUGAAGCACCUUCUGGCUGCGGGGAGAGUGAGACUUCUCUGGGAAACAGCUGUGACCCCACCGCGUCUGCAGCAUCCUGUGUGGAUAAAGCCUGGGACGCAGGACCUAGCCCCGCCAUACAUCCUGCAUUACCUUGGGCCCUGCCCAGCCCUGAAGGCUGGCAGACAGAAGAGGGUCCUUCCUGGCCCCGGGGGCCUCUUCUCUCCCAGGACAGAGGUGACAGUGAUGCUGAGUGUCCCCAGGAAUCUGCUCCCUGCACCUUGGCUCCUGGCUCCCCAGGGAGCCCAGCGUCUUCACCGGAACCUAGCAGCCCUGAGUCUGAGAGCAGAGGCCCUGGCCCCAGGCCCAGCCCUGUGUCCUCCCAGGAAGGCAGCCCGCGGCUCUGGGGCCCCCUCCAGGGCAGCAGUUUUCCCGAGUGGACACUAGAUGCUUCACGCCCUUCACUCCUGGAGACAGAUGGGGCAAAGCCAAGUUUCCUGGAGAAAGAGGAGGCCAGAGACGCUCCAAACCCAGGGAAGGAAGUAAAGAGUGAAGGCCCAGCCAGGACUCCAGAGGCUGGAGCCGUCGUCCAGCCUGGUCCUCACUUGACUUCUACAGAAGGGCUUCCUGAGAGCCCCAUGCCCCAAACACAGUCCCCCGAGGAAGGCCAAAGGCCACAGGCUGGAGACAAGCUGGCGAAUGGUGUGAGGACCGACAAGGUGGCCUGGAACUUGGCCUCUCGCCUCUAUCACCUGGAAGGCUUUCGGAAGUCUGAAGUGGCUGCCUACCUACAGAAGAACAAUGACUUCAGCAGGGCUGUGGCUGAGGAGUACUUGUCCUUCUUCCAGUUUGGAGGCCAGAGCCUCGACCGCGCCCUCCGGGUCUUCCUGCAGGCCCUGGUGCUCAGUGGGGAGACUCAGGAGCGGGAGCGAAUCCUCUACCAGUUCUCCAAACGCUUCCAUUACUGCAAUCCUGGGGUCUUCUCCUCUGCAGAUUCUGUACACACCUUGACCUGUGCCAUCAUGCUCCUUAACACAGACCUGCAUGGACAGAACAUUGGGAAGAGCAUGACUUGCCAAGAAUUCAUAACCAACCUGAACGGCCUGUGUGACGGCGGGAACUUCCCCAAGGAGCUGCUGAAGGCCUUCUACUGGUCUAUCCGAAGUGAGAAGCUUGAAUGGGCUGUGGACGAAGAAGACGCAGCCGGACCAGAGAAGGCCCAGCUGUCUCCCGCUGCGGGCAAGAUGAACAAGCCCUUCCUGCAGCUGGCCCAGAACCCCAUGGCACCCACCUACAAGCAGGGCAUCCUGGCCCGGAAGAUGCAUCAUGAUGCAGAUGGCAAGAAGACACCGUGGGGCAAGCGCGGCUGGAAGAUGUUCCACACCUUGCUUCGGGGGAUGGUUCUCUACUUCCUGAAGGGAGAGGACCACUGCCCUGCAGAGGAGAGUUUGGUGGGGCAGAUGGUGGACGAGCCCGUGGGGGUGCACCACUCGCUGGCCACCCCGGCCAUCCAUUACACCAAGAAGCCGCACGUCUUCCAGCUGCGGACUGCCGACUGGCGGCUCUACCUCUUCCAGGCACCCACUGCUAAGGAGAUGAGUUCCUGGAUCGCGCGCAUCAACCUGGCCGCCGCCACGCACUCGGCGCCGCCCUUCCCCGCAGCGGUGGGCUCCCAGCGCAGAUUCGUCAGGCCCAUCCUGCCCGUGGGCCCCGCGCAGAGCUCCCUGGAGGAGCAGCAUCGAUCCCACGAGAACUGCCUGGACGCUGCCUCCGAUGACCUGCUGGAUCUGCAGAGGAACUUACCGGAGCGGCGCGGCCGCAGCCGAGAGUUGGAAGAGUACCGCUUGCGGAAGGAGUACCUGGAGUAUGAGAAAACCCGCUAUGAGACGUAUGUGCAGCUGCUGGUGGCCCGUCUUCACUACCCCUCGGAUGACCUGGACCUGUGGGAAGAGCAGCUGGGGAGGGAAGCCGGAGGCACUCAGGAGCCCAAGCCCAGCCUGAAGAAAUCCCACUCGAGCCCGUCCCUGCACCAGGACGAGGCCCCCACCACGGCCAAGGUGAAGCGCAACAUCUCAGAGCGUAGAACUUACCGGAAGAUCAUCCCCAAGAGGAACCGCAAUCAGCUGUGA